AUGUACGAGCUGGAUGACACGGGGGUCAGAAGAAGGCACCAGGGGCCGGUUAUUCUGCGAGGAAUUCGCGGCGGGGCAGGAGACGAAGUCCAAAAUGAGUUCCAAAACGAAUGCCCUCAGACGACCGAAGAACCCAAUCCUCGGGAUGAUCGGGAUGCAGAGGAGUAUUCCGGAAACAUGAGCGAAUACCUUGAACUCGAAGACCUCCUCGAAGCAACAAGAAACGAUUUCGAUGAGCGUCAGAGCCACUGCGACGGAAGUUUGCUCAGAGAAGCGCUGGUACUCAACGAACGCAUACGCCUCCGUCGGGACUAUCGUGAACUGAAGGAAUGUUUAGACCAGCAAAUCAGGAUUCUGGGCCUUGAACCCGAGGAGCUGGAUGCCGAAGAGAUGCACAGGCCGGGGCGAAGUGGUAUAUCGGCUGGUAGGAAUGAAAUGUAUGCAGGCAGACCUCCGCCAUGGAGGCGUCGUCGGGCUCGAUCACAGAGGCCCGUGCAGUCCCUCGACCAAUAA